AUGGUGAACAACUCGGUUGUUGUACCCGUAGCGGUGCUGGCCUCGUUGUGUGUGGCCAUGUUCCUCUUCAUCUGGUGGUGGUUCCCACGCCACUACAAGAAGGGCGUCGAACAGGACAUGAACAUCAUGGAUUCCGAACGGGCAGAACGGGAGGGAAUUCAUUCCGAUAUGGGCCAGGUGCAGCUUGGGGAGGACGGCUUGCCUCGGAAGAAGACCCUCGAAGAACACAUUGCCAUCGCCAGAGAACAGAUCAGACGAGGCGAUACCGGCCGCUCUAGGGAGCACCACGGUUCACGGUACGACCGAGACGAACGCAGAGACCGCGACCGGGAAAGGAAUCGGGAUCGCGGCGAGCGGCGACGUUCGAGGUCUCCGCAUCACCGUUCAUCGCGACGCGAAUUUGAAGCAGACUCUUAUUCCUCGAGUCGAGACUACCGAGCGCGCGAAAGGGAGGACCGACAUGGCUCGAGACGAGAAGAUCGGGAUUGGGACAGAGACAGAGGCCCGAGACGCCGGGACGACGACAGGCCACCCAGGAGGGACCGCGACUUGUUUGAUGAUCGCAGGGGAGGCAAUCGCGACCGCGAUCGCACCGGACGAGAAGACCGCGAUGAGUUCGCUGCUCAAGCCCGAGGCCGCAAGAACAGCCCUCCUCCCAAAAAGAGGGAGCCCACUCCCGACCUUACAGAUGUCGUGCCAAUAUUGGAGCGCAAGAGGCGGAUGACGCAGUGGGAUAUUAAACCGCCUGGCUACGAGAAUGUCACCGCCGAGCAAGCAAAGAUGUCGGGCAUGUUCCCACUGCCAGGCGCCCCUCGCCAACAGCAGAUGGACCCGAGCCGGCUACAAGCCUUCAUGAAUCAACCCGCUGGCAGCGCGAAUGCGACGGCGUUACGACCUUCCAAUGCGCGCCAGUCAAGGCGAUUGUUCGUCCACAAUCUCCCGGCGUCCGUCACCGAGGAAAGCCUGGUGGCCUUCUUCAACCUUCAGCUGAAUGGUCUGAAUGUCAUCAAGGGCAAUGAUCCAUGUACACAAGCAAAUAUUUCUGAAGACAGGAGCUUCGCGCUGGUGGAGUUUAAAAACCCUUCCGAUGCGACAGUGGCGCUGGCUUUGGAUGGAAUCACAAUGGAAGAGCACCACUCAGAGCUGAACGGCAAUGGGACAGCGGCUCCCAAGGGCCUGGAGAUUCGACGACCCAAGGAUUAUAUCGUCCCAUCUGCGGACGCAGAUGCAUACACAGAUGGCGAGAUAUCAACGGAGGUCCCCGACACUGCGAAUAAACUAGCCAUCACCAAUCUGCCGCCAUUUUUGACGGACGACCAAGUAGUUGAGUUGCUAAAAGCAUUCGGAGAACUGAGAGCCUUUGUUCUCGUGCGGGACGCCGAUGCGCAGGAAUCAAGAGGCAUCGCUUUCUGUGAAUAUUCAGACCCAUCUGUCGCUGCCGUGGCAAUUGAGGGCCUCAACGGCAUGGACCUAGCCGGAAACGCCAUAAAAGUCACCCGUGCCAGUAUUGGAUACACACAAGCUGCCGGGCUUGAGAUGGGCGUUAACGCCAUGUCCAUGUUUGCCGGAACCACUGCUGAAAACUUGGAGGACGGACGGGUCCUCCAGCUGUUGAAUAUGGUGACGCCCGAAGAACUUAUCGAUAAUGAUGAUUAUGAAGAAAUCUGCGAAGAUGUAAUGGAAGAAUGCCAGAAGUACGGCAAGAUCCUGGCUAUGAAGAUUCCGCGCCCGUCUAUGGGCAGUCGGCAAUCGGCCGGCGUGGGCAAGAUCUUUAUCAAGUACGAGGAACCCGAGUCUGCGAAGAAGGCCCUACAAGCACUUGCCGGACGCAAGUUUGCUGACAGGACUGUUGUAACUACGUAUUUCGACGAGGCGAGUUUCGAUGUCAAUGCUUGGUGA